GCAGGAUACACUUUACGCUCUUAUUGUGAAGGCUACACCCACAACAUCCUGUCCCUACACCGCUGUCCGCCCGGUAACUUUCCGCAGUAAACAACCCGGAGGAGCCCGACAGAGCUGCGGUGGCGCCUAAUGUCCAUGUUUUGCGCUUUGUGAAUAAAACUGUGCACAUUACCGACCUAUUUGUCCUAAAACGCGGAGUGAUACAAGCGCAGAAAACAGCUUCACACAGCGCGGAGGGAUCUGUUGUGUUUAGCAUUAGCUUAGCAGAGAGCAGAGCACCGCGUCUCCGGCUGGCUCCUAUAAUAUACCUGAACGCGAUGUCGCUGGUGGACCUUGGGAAGCGUCUGCUGGAGGCGGCUCGGAAAGGUCAAGACGAUGAGGUCAGAAACCUGAUGGCCAACGGAGCGCCGUUCACCACCGACUGGCUGGGGACGUCCCCCCUCCACCUGGCCGCUCAGCACGGUCAUUACUCCACCGCCGACGUGCUGCUGAGGGCCGGCGUCAGCAGAGACGCCCGCACCAAAGUUGACCGGACGCCGCUGCACAUGGCCGCCGCCGAGGGACACACAGUCAUCGUGGAGCUGCUGGUCCGGAGCGGAGCGGACAUCAACGCCAAAGACAUGCUGAAGAUGACGGCGCUGCACUGGUCGGCGCAGCACGGUCACCACGGCGUCGCCGAGACACUCAUCAAACACGGAGCCGACGUGCACGCACUCAGCAAGUUUGACAAGACGCCGUUCGACAUCGCCGUCGACAUCCAGAACACCGAGCUGAUGCUGCUGCUGCAGGAGGGCAUGCAGAACCAGGUGAACAUGAACCAGGUGAACAUAAACCAGGUGAGUAUGAACGUGGAGACCAGCGGCGGCACCAACCAGCCGCAGUUCAUCAUCCAGGGGAUCCCCUCCCUCCAGGGGGGGGUGGUGAACCUGGCCGAGCUGCUCAACAAGGCCAACGCAGGUGACUCCGAGGAGGCCCUGGCCGCCAGCGCUCUGGACUCCAACAUCCAGCACGCCACCGUCGUCAACGAGAGCGGUCAGAGGGUCAUCACCAUUGUGACGGACCAGCACGGCAACCUGCAGACCACGGGGGGGAUGGCGCCGCCGUUCUUUGUCACCAUGCAGCACGGACAGCAAAUGCUGGCGGUGCCGGCCAAUACCGUGACAGAGGAGGUGGUCACGGAGGAGCCUCAGCCGCUGCCCUCCAGGAAGAGGAAGCUGGAGGUGACCAACAAUCACAACGACGGCGGAGAGACGGAGUUGUUGCAGAGGCAGCUGCUUGAGGCCAACAGGAAGGCUCAGGAGUAUCGUCAGCAGCUGAUGCGUAAGGAGCAGGAGGCCGAGGAGUACCGCGUCAAGCUGGAGGCCAUGUCCCAAACUCAGGCCAACAACGCCGCCGCCGCCAUCAGCGCCACUGCGGCCAAUGCAGCCAGCCCCGAGGAGGUGGUGGGAGGGGAGGAGGACGAGGAGGAGGCGGCGGCCGGCAUGGUGGAGGAGGAGGGCGAGAUGGUGGUGCUGCAGGAGGGAGGCAUCAUCAUGGAGGGGGAGGAGGGUCAGGUGACGCUGGUGGAGACGGGCGGCGAGACAACGGAGGUCAGCUCCUAACGGGGCAGGGUCAGGAGGAGGGGGGGUGACACACCGACGGAAAGACAGAUCAUAACGGGGGGUGAAGUGUGCACCAUUUUGAAUCCCCAAAAGACAACAGAGAAGGGACUCAAAAUGGCUUCCUAAAAACAGAACGCCGAUUGAAAUCAGACUAAACAAGCAUGAAGGAGGAGUCUAGUCGUGUACCAUUUUGAAUCCCUGAAAGAUUCCAUACCGACACUUCAGAGAGGGAAACACAAUGGCUUCUCCAAAAGGACAAAACAGUAGGAGGAGAAAGACGGAGUGAAAUCAGACUAAACAAACGAGACAGAGGAGUUAAGUCAUGCACCAUUUUGAAUCCCCGAAAGACAACAGAGAGGAGACACAAAAGGGCUUCUCAAAAACAGAAAGCUGGUUGAAAACAGACUAAACAAACAAGACAGAGGAGUUUGGAAGUGCACCAUUUUGAUUCCCCAAAAGAUUUGAUGAUAACACUUAAGAGAGGGAAACAAAUGGCUUCCCCAAAAGGACAAACCAGUAGGAAGAGGAAGACAGACUGAAAUCAAACUAAACAACCAAGACAAAGGAGUUUAGUCAUGCGCCAUUUUGAGUUCCCACUUGUACUGUAACUGAAUGCCUUCUUAAGCGGGAUGCAAAAUGGCUGCUGCAGAAGGGACUGAAGCUGGAUGAGUGGAUCGAAGAAAUGGAGACAGUGGAUCCCAAAAAAAUAUCAUCGCUUUAACGCACCAUUUUGCUUCCCCAUUCGACUCUGAUUGAGCGCUUAUAAAGACAAGAUAACUAAGCCUAAGGAUACUGAUACAGCAGGAAUUCAGACUUUUAGUUGUUUGAUUUAACAUUUUCCUCCUUGUUUUUUGAACGCAGAUGAUUAUCCCCAUUAUACCAUUAAUAUCCCUUUUAUUUCCUUUACGUUCUGUUUUUAUCAGUGGGUUGUUCAUCCGAUGCCUUCAUAGCUCUACAUCUUGAUAAAUUGGGACCACGAUUUCAAACCCAGCUACUCAAACCUCGCUGUGGCCUGCACCAUUUUGCUUCCCCAGAAGAAUACAGACAAUACAAGGCCAUGAUGAAGAAAAAGCAUCUUUUCUUCAGGUUUCUUUGGACACUAAAACGACUCCCUCUGAACUGCUUUCUUACUUUUUUCAUUUUUAUGUACAUUUAUGUUGUAAUCGGUUUUGUUUUCGGCUGUGAUGUCAUCAUGUUUAAGAACAAACGUUCCUGAAAAUGAAUCCACAACUGAGCAAGGAUGCCAAAUGGCCUCAGUGGAGCUGUUUGUGAAGCAACAGGAACCACUUUGGGAUAAAUCGCUCAACUUUCCUGCUUUUGUUCGGUCGCUUCUUUAACAAGCCAAUUAAUGUUUGAAUAUAGAAAAACUUUAUUCCCGGUCUGACGUUGAGUUUCAUGAAUCACAAGAAUCCGAUCCAUCAUGGAAACAUUUGAUUUGUUCUGAUUAUUGUUGAAAACCAGCUUUGUUUUCCAUCAUCAGGUGGUUGUAAGGGCUGCAAUUCAUGAUCGUUUUCAUUAUCUAUUAAACAUUUUAUAGAUUCUAGUUCAGAAAGAUUCCCAUCACAGUUUCUCAGAGUCCAACGUCUUCAAAUGUCCAAAACUCAGAGAAGUUUAAAUUACUGUAAUAGAGGAGUUCUAUAGACCCUUUUAGUGAUGAUGUCAUGAUGAGGUCACAGUGUUAGCUGGAGGCUAAACAAAGGAAAGACUGGAGGCUAACACUAGCAGUGGGCUAAAGUUACACAUCUAAAAUGACAUCUUGCUGUGUUGUUGGGUGCCAGAAUCCAGAUAUCACAGACAUUGGAGAUGACAAACUGAUUUGAGGCUCUAGCGAACUACAAUAUCGGAGAAACGUUUCAGAGAUGGAGAGUAAAUGUUGCUAAUAUUUAGCGGUCUGCUAACUACAGCCGUGAACCAUUAGCUGCUGUUAGCAGAAGACUAAACUAUUAGCAACCCUUUCUCUCCAUCUCUGAAAUGCUUUGCCGAUAUUGUACGACUCUCUUUUUGACUGACUUUACUGAAGGAUAGUUAACUAUAGGCAUCCAAAGAUUUAUACGCCCUCAAUUUAUCUUUAAAGCGCUGCCGUUGGCCACCAGCCCGGCUGACUACUUUGCUAGCUUAGCCUGCUAAUUCCGCGAUGCUGUCAUGUAAAAACAGAAAAUGAACAAAGUUGUCACUCUCUGGCGAUAGCACUGUGCUUUCCUACGCUGUGACAAGAGUGUGUGGAUGAAGCAUUAAGUUGUUAAAUUUUACUCAUUUAGCGACUGGCUAGUUAGCUAGCUACCUUGCUAAUUCCACCAUGCUGAGAAAAUGAGCCCAACAGCGAACAGCGCUGGGUCACGAUCCCUCUGCCUCACUCCUCGCCGCUAGGAGACUACUUCACCGGGAGGAGAGCAGGCGUUAGCUGGCUAGAUUGUCAGUCUCCGGACAAGUUAGCUAGCUAACUAGCCAGUUCCAGAGACAGACAAGCUAGCUAGCUAACUAACGUUAGCCAGCCGUCUACUACUCCUGAAGUAGUCUCCAGCGGCGUAGGGGUCGGCUAAUCUGGUCCCAUUGAUUAAUGUUAAGUUUCUCAACUAACACUCCUGAUCCUGGAGAGUGAGUGACAGCACAUGUUGAGAGAAACUAGUAUUUUCUUCAGCCAUUGUUAAAAAAACAACAGAGCUCUGUGAAUUAUGAGAUGAUAAAAAUUACAUCGGCUUAGUCAAGGUUUUUCACAAACUUUGUCUACAAAUGUCCAAAACCAGAAGAAAUUUAAAUUACUGUUGUAAAAGAGUUUUAAAAAAACAGUUUAGAAGCUGGGACGAGUGAAUUUGGGGCAUUUUUGAUUAAAAUAAAAUAUCAAAAUGAUUGGCAUUCACCAACUCUUUUAUAGUCAAUAAUCAUCGGCUGUGGAACCAUUUAUAAAUUCACGGGAACAUAUUGACUUUCUGGUCCUUUUUAAAGGUGAUUUUGGCGUGUUUUUAGCCCUUUAAUUAAUUAUACAUUUACAUUCCUGUUGUCAGUUUUUAGACUUCUUUCCUUCCAGGCUGCUGUCAGUUUAUGUAUAUAUUUGACUAAAAUUUGAAGACAUCUUUAUCAUUGCUUGGUCAAAGUUGUGGAGUAGUGAUGCAGUUUAAAACUAGUGUUUAAACUGGUGAGUUCAAGGACCCUCAGAUAUCUGAAAUAUGAGAGUUGACUGCUGAACAGCAACUUUUUAAAUCCCCAAAAAAACGUCAACUUCCUGUCGUGUACAGUGCACACAGAGGACUCCACCAUUGUGUUGGCGUUGAUUAUUGAUUGAUUGGUAAAAUGCAUCACUUGAGAGCCUAUAAACAAACAUUAGCUCUGAUUUAAGCAGCAGGUUGGUUUUUAUAGAAACAAAUUGAAACAAAUUGAAAUCAGUUGAAGCUGCCUGGAAGGAAGGACAUUAAACACGUAAAGUCUUUACGAAGUGUCCCUUGGCUCUGGUUCGUUGGCGUCUUCCUGUCCUGGUUCAGCCCCGUUGGGCCAGUUAUUGAUUACUUCCUGUCACCUGUACCGGCUCCUUCCUGUCUCCGAUCAGUAAUUCUUUUCAGUUGAGUAUGAUAGUUAUUUUUAUAAGCUCAGCAAAGCCAACCUUUUUCUAUGUACAUAUAAAGUUGUAUUUUUUUAACUGUACCUGAAUGCGUCACCAUGAUGAUGAUGAUGAUGAUGAUGGCUGCCUGCAUUGGUAAUCUGAAAUAUAAACACUUGUUUUUUUCAACUUG